AUGGCCAUGUACGCCAUCUCACAACAACACCCCUACGCCUACGCUGCCGUUGCGGCACCGGCUCCUCCACCUCCCAGGCACUGCUCAAACCACGGCACCAGCAGUGCUUUCAGCAGCUCUGCCCACCCUGACGAGGAUUGGACCAAGAUCUCAGAUCUUGCCGAGCGCAGGAGGAUACAGAACCGCAUCGCUCAGCGCAACUACCGCAAGAAGCUUAAGCGCCGUCUGGAGGACCUUGAGCGCCGUGCUGGAUCCGAAGAGGGCGAUGCUGAGAAGCAGCCUUCGCCAGUGCAGUCCACCAGCCCCAACAACAAGAUCACCAAGCGCCAGUCAAUCUCCAAGGCACACAAGGCCCACCAGCCUGCUCCCGUCCGCCUGCCGACUCCCCCCAAGGCCAUCGUGUCUCAGGGUCAAUUCACUCCUCCCAUGGAGUCGCACGAGGAGCUUGCCUUUGCCCCUCCCGCCUACCACCACCACGACGAGCGCGAGCGAUCCAACACGCCGCCCGUCUUCUCCUACACAACCUACCCGGCUCCCGAUGAGCUGCUCAUCAACCCUUACGGAUCUGCUCACGCCUAUCCCACCAUGACCACCGCAGAGGCCUACCCCAACUACCUGACGGCCACUGCCAUGCCUGCUUCGCUGCCUCCUCUGGGACACUACAGCGAGCCCAUCAAGCGGGAUCUGUAUCCCGACAACGUCAUCAGCCCCUACAUUGGCUAUGGCUUCAUGCCUACUCACGACAUGGGCAUGCCCACUCCCUACGACCCAUCCAACCCUCUGACUCCUCCUCUGUCGCACUCAUACGACCACUCGGCUGCCUGCUCUGAGACGGGCUUCGAGUACCCUACAACCCCGCUGUCCAUGCCCGGAUCUCCGGCCAUGAUGCAGCACCAGCAUUAA